AUGGCCCGGUAUGAGAGCUAUGAUCACAUCAUACAAAGUGGUGACUUUGUCACUGAUUCACAGGACACAAGGACUGUUGCCAUCUCUGAUGCUGUGAGCCAGGUCAAGGUUCAAGUCAACAAGGCCUUCCUGGAUUCCCGGACCAGGAUGAAGACCGCCAUGAGCUCUAAGGCGCCCACCACCCGACAGCUCUCAGAGUACCUCAAGCAUGCCAAGGGCCGGGCUCGCACCGCCAUCCGCAACGGCCAGGUGUGGGAGGAGUCCUUAAAGAGACUGAGGCAGAAAGCGACCUUGACUAACGUCACAGACCCCAGUCUGGACUUGACUGCACUUUCUUGGGAGGUGGGCUGCGAGGUCCCAGUGCCUGGGGUGACAUGUGACAACGACAGUCCUUACCGCACCAUUACAGGAGAAUGUAAUAAUAGGAGAAACCCCUCGCUGGGCGCCGCCAACAGGGCGCUGGCGCGCUGGUUGCCGGCUGAGUACGAGGACGGGCUCUCCCUGCCCUUCGGGUGGACGCCGGGGAAGAAGCGGAAUUGCUUCCCGAUCCCGCUGGCCCGUGAGGUAUCCAACCAGAUUGCAGGCUACCUGAAGGAGGACGGUGUUCUGGACCAAAACAGGUCCCUGCUCUUCAUGCAGUGGGGUCAAAUUGUGGACCACGACCUGGACUUUGCCCCCGACACUGAGAUGGGGAGCAGCGAGUACUCCAAAGUGCAGUGUGACAAGUACUGUCUCCAGGGAGGCAACUGCUUCCCCAUCAUGAUCCCACCCAAUGACCCCAAGGCGGAGACUCAAGGGAAAUGCAUGCCUUUUUUCCGAGCUGGGUUUGUCUGCCCUACUCCACCUUACCAGUCCCUGGCCCGAGAGCAGAUCAACGCUCUGAACUCCUUCCUGGAUGCCAGUUUGGUGUAUAGUCCCGAGCCCAGCCUCGCUAGCCGCCUCCGCAACCUCAGCAGCCCCCUGGGCCUCAUGGCUGUCAACCAGGAGGCCUGGGACCAUGGGCUGGCCUACCCGCCCUUUGACAACAUGAAGAGGAGCCCCUGCAAAUUCAUCAACACCACUGCCAAUGUGCCCUGCUUCCUAGCAGGGCAGGUCUUCUCACACCCUUUCCUCAUGUCUUGUCUCUCCUUCCAGAUUAUCACCUUUAGGGACUACCUACCCAUUGUGCUAGGUGUUGAGAUGCAGACGUGGAUUCCCCCAUACCAAGGCUACAGGGAAUCUGUGGAUCCCCGAAUUUCCAAUGUCUUCACUUUUGCCUUCCGCUUCGGCCACUUGGAGGUCCCCUCCACUGUGUCCCGCCUGGAUGAGAACUAUCAGCCAUGGGGUGCAGAACCAGAGCUUCCCCUGCACACCCUCUUCUUCAACACCUGGAGGAUAGUCAAAGAUGGUGGACUUGACCCUCUGGUGCGGGGCCUGCUGACCAAGAAGUCCAAGUUGAUGAGUCAGGAUAAAAUGAUGACAGGGGAGCUGCGCAACAAGCUUUUCCAGCCCACUCACAAGAUCCAUGGCUUCGACCUGGCUGCUAUCAAUAUACAGCGUUGCCGAGACCAUGGGAUGCCUGGAUACAACUCCUGGAGAGGUUUCUGUAACCUCUCACAGCCCCAGACACUGGAGGAGCUGAACGCUGUGUUGAAGAACGAGAUGCUAGCGCAGAAGUUUUUGGAUCUCUACGGGACCCCUGACAACAUUGACAUCUGGAUUGGGGCUGUUGCUGAGCCGCUGGUGGAAAGGGGCCGGGUGGGGCCUCUUCUGGCCUGCCUCCUGGGGAAGCAGUUCCAGCAGAUUCGCAAUGGAGACAGGUUCUGGUGGGAGAACCCUGGGGUCUUCACUGAGAAGCAGCGGGACUCUCUACAGAAAAUGUCCAUCUCACGCCUUAUCUGUGACACCACCAAUAUCACCAAGGUCCCACUGAACCCAUUCCAGGCUAACAGCUACCCCGAAGACUUUGUGGAUUGCUCAGCCAUUGAUGAGCUGGACCUCUCACCCUGGGCCUCAGUGGAGAAUUAGAGGCCUGUCACAUUGUGCAGUGGAGCGCCCUUUGGUCCAUGAUGCCCUUUCAAGCAAGUUCAGUGAUGCGGUCCCUGAGCCCUCCACACCCUGUCCCAGCCCUUCUUUUCAGACAGACCUUGCUUCACUUGCCAGAUGCAUAUUUCAUGCAGGCCCAAGGCCAGCACUGUGGCCCUUCCAGCUUGUUCACUUGAAAUCCACUGCUCCCACCCCAUCCCUGCUGCCUAUGGAAAUUCUCAUUUCUGUCGUGACUUAAUUGCAUGCUGCAAUGCAUGCCCUUCCAAUCUAGCUUGCCAGAUGUCACCUAUCCUCUCUCUGGAACAAGUCUUGGUUGAGGCGGUGGCCUUUGCACCCUUAUCUUUCCUCCUUUCCUCUCAGCCUGCUUCCAAGUGUCUCCCAUGCCAUCCAGAAAGGUGCUUGGCAUAUAGUAGGUGCUUAAUAAACAUCUGAUGAUUGGCUAAAGAUGCUGGCAAUGACACUGUUCCCUUCCAGAA